CAUAUCUCGUUUGUAUAACCCCCACAACCUCAUUUACACAUUACACACACAUACACAUACGUUUCACCAUGGCCAACAAAGAUAUGGAAGUUGUCAAGGGCGUAGAUAUACAAAGAUACAUGGGAAGAUGGUAUGAGAUAGCUUCAUUCCCAUCAAGAAACCAGCCGAAAAACGGUACGAACACAAGGGCUACUUACACCUUGAAAGAAGAUGGGACUACCAUCAAUGUUUUGAAUGAAACUUGGACUGAUGGCAAGAGAGGAUUCAUUGAAGGGAUUGCUUAUAAAGCUGACCCUACAAGUGAUGAAGCUAAAUUGAAGGUUAAGUUUUGGGUGCCACCCUUUUUGCCCAUCUUUCCUGUUACUGGUGAUUAUUGGGUUUUGUUUCUUGAUGAUGAUUAUCAGUAUGCUCUUAUUGGUCAACCUUCCAAGAAAUCUCUAUGGAUUCUGUGCAGGGAAAAUCAUCUUGAUGAGGAGAUAUAUAAUCAGCUUGUUGAGAAGGCUAAGGGAGAAGGGUAUGAUGUAAGCAAACUGAAGAAGACUAAUCACACAAACCCUCCACCGGAGACUGAAGACGCACCAGCUGAUACCAAAGGCGUGUGGUGGUUGAAAUCAAUUUUCGGAAGAUAAGCCCUCAGAAAGUGAACUACAUGUUGGAGUGUUAGUCACAUAGUGAUAAACUGAUAAAACUGUUGGUUGAAAUGUUUUUUGCAUUCAAUUUUUUUUGAUAUAAAGAUGAAAAAUAAAUAUUCAGUUAUAGAAAGACAAAUUUCAACA